AUGUCUGAAAUGAACGAAUGGGUUAAAUGGAUUGAUGAAGCUAUUGCUAAAAAGCAUAUUAAGCAUUACGAGUAUAAAUAUUUUAAACAUAUUCAAGAAAUUGGCACUGGUGGUUUCGGAAAGGUUUAUCGUGCGAAAUGGAAAAAUUCAUAUCAAUAUUUUGCGUUAAAAUCUCUUCUUAAUAUUGAAGAGGAUGCUAUUAAGGAACUUGUUCAUGAGAAUCAAAGUAACAACAUUAAGAAAUAUCUUUUAGUGAUGGAGUACGCUGAUGGUGGUUCGCUUAGCAAGUAUUUGAAAGAAAAUUUUGAGAAACUUACAUGGGAAGUUAAACUUAAUCUUGCUUACCAAUUGGCUAGUGCCGUAUCAUGCUUGCAUGAUGAAGACAUAAUACAUCGUGAUUUGCAUUCUAAUAAUGUAUUAGUCAAUCAAAAUACUAUUAAAUUGGCGGAUUUCGGAUUGUCAAAGAGAAUCGAAGCGUCAACUAAAAAGAAAAAAGAUUUAUUUGGUAUAGUUCCUUAUAUGGAUCCAAAAAAAUUCAGCAAUAGAUCAUAUUCUUUAAACAAGAAGAGUGACGUAUACAGUGUAGGCGUACUUUUAUGGGAGAUAUCAAAUGGUAAGCCACCUUUUUAUGUAGAAGGAGAGUCGUAUGAUUGUAGUUUAGCCUUCCAAAUUGUGCAAGGUCAUAGAGAAACUACUGUUCCUGAUACUCCCAUUGAAUAUGUUAAGCUUUAUACUGAAUGUUGGGAUGACAACCCAGAUAAUCGGCCAUCUAUUCAAGAAGUUGUUGAAAGAUUAGAUGAGCUUAUGUUUUUAAAGUUAGAUUAUUAUUCAUUCUUUAAAUUAGUAAAACUAUCGGAAAAUUUAUUAUAA